AUGGCGUCACUGGUAUCCGACAUCGAGGCGCUCAAGUCGCGACUGUACCGCGCGGCGUGUGAAAAAAUCGCGUCGGAAAGCGUGGCGCUGACGCGCGUGUCUCGGGCCUUGUGGGAAAACCCGGAGCUGGGCCUUCAGGAGAAGCAGGCGGAGCAACUCCUGUCUUCUUUUCUCCUGUCACGUGACUUUCCCGUGAGACGUCACCACGUGAUGCCUACGGCCUUCUUAGCCACAUAUCCUGGUGACGUAUCAGCGGUGGACCAUGAUGUCAAGAAUCCUCAUGAUGACGUUCCAAUCAGUCGAGGUGACAUUAUAAGUGCCACCAGCUCCAGUGGGCUGCCGCACGUGGCUGUGUUCUGUGAGUACGACGCCUUACCGGAGAUCGGCCACGCCUGUGGACAUAACCUAAUCGCUGUUGUGGGACUGGCCGCGGGUCUGGGCAUUGCGGCGGCCAUCGACGCGGCGUGGAGCGAAAAUAUCACGCUCGGGAAGCUAAGCAUCGUAGGAAGCCCGGAUGAAGAGAAUAGUGGAGGUAAAAUUAAGAUAAUGGAGGCUGGCGCUUUGGCAGGCGUCGACUUUGCGCUGAUGGCUCACCCGUCGAAAUUUGAUGACGCUACGCCCAACUUCAGUGGCUGUGCCACGGUGUUAGCUAUCUUCAAGGGCACUGGUGGCUCGUCGAUGAACGCGUGGUAUGGCGGCGGCGGCGGGAACGCGCUUGACGCUGCGUGUCUAGCCUAUCAAAGCGUGGCGUGUUUGAGACAACAGUUCCGCCCUGACUGGCGUUUUCACGCCACUUUCAAGAGCGGCGGCGUCCAUCUGGAGCUGGUGCCUGAGCAUGUGGUGAUGGAGAUGUACUACCGAGCCAACUAUCUGGAGGACAUGAAGGGGAUGGAGAACAAAAUCUUUGACGCUUUCCGCGGCGCCGCUGCGGCCUGUGAGUGUUCUGUGGAACUCUUACCGGUUGGGCUGUAUUAUCCUGUUAUCAGCAAUGGUGCUCUCGUGGACGUGUACAGAAAACAUGCAUCUGCGAUGGGCGUGAAUCUGCCGCCGGUGCGAGGCGAACGUGACCCUUUGGGUUGUACGGAUAUGGGCAACGUGAGUUUGGUAAUCCCUAGCAUCCAUCCGGUCUUCGACAUCGGCACGGACACUGUGCUCCACACGCGGGAUUUCGCCGCUGCCGCCAGCUCCUCUGAGGCGCUAGAGCGGAGUCUACGCCAAGCCAAACUGUUGGCUAUGACGGCAAUCGACGUGAUGCUGACGCCGAGCGUGAUUUCUGCGCUAAGGGAGGACGCGCGGCGUCUACGCCAGACGUGA